UUUUACAUCUACAUCAUCUAUUGUAGAUGCUCUGAAGUCGGCCACGAUUGUGGUAAAAUGUUGACACUCUGGGGCCUGUAAAAAAGAAAUGUUUGACAGUCUGGGAGCCGUGGAGCAACACGCUCGAGGUGUCGUAGUGGAGGGAAGCGUACCAAACUGGUCAAAAUCCGAUUCCAACCACUACCAACCACAUCGCAGAAGUGCGAAUCCGCCCGCCCAACGCCGACACGGCACCAGAACACCCCGUCACAGCGGCGCGCCUCCGAGUCAAGCCAACCCCCGCGCGGCGGCCGCCCGUAGCCACCGUGUCCUGCUGUCCCAGGAAUAGGAUCCCGCCGGCUGCGCGGCCGAGGGAGAGAUGCGGCGGUCGUCGAGCGGGGCGCGCGUGUCGGAGGGCGGCGACGCGUCCUCGUCCUCGUCGGGCCACCACGGCGACGGCACGGCGCUCCCGACGUUCGACCCGCAGUCGGCGGCGGGCCGGCGGGAGGCGGCGCGGACCCGGGCGCUGGGGCGCGCCGUGCACUUCAUCCCGCUGUUGCUGCUGCUCUGCGCCCUCGUGCUCUGGCUCUCCGCCGCCUCCACCUCCCCGGUUCACCUCGACUGAUAACAGGACGAUAUGGCAAGUUGAUCCAGAAUCUGGUGUCCAUAGGUUCCACAAAAGGGUACAGUUAAGUUGAUCAGGAAUGAUGAGGUUAGUAAAGGAGGCCUUAAGUUCGGGUUUGGAAGAACUAGCACAGCAACAAGCUCACAUACUAGGUGGUUAUUUCUGGGUAUUCUUUUCACUCCAGAUUGGAGUUGGUGUAAUUUGGCCCGCCAUUACAAUUUGUAUACAAAAAACUGAGUGAGCUCUUUUACGGUGAUUGGGGAGUUACAUCUUGUAAUUUGAUGUAACUCCUCCCUUAAUUAUUCUCCA